AUGUUUGAGACACUCCAGCCUGCAGCCUACGGGGUUUCAACCGUAUUCUGGACUCUGUCGACGACGAGUAUCCUAUUGCGAAUUUAUUCUCGCCGAUAUGUCAUUAAGAGCUUUGGAUGGGAUGAUAUUUGUAUGUCAUCAAUUCUGUUUUUCAAUACUGCGCAAGAAGCCAUUCUCUACAUAUUCCUGCAUUAUGGAGGUGGACUUCAUAUCGCCGGCGUAGAUACUGAGAAUCUCUUGAUCUUGACAAAGUGUUUGUUUGCAGAAGAGAUCUAUUACAUAUGGAUGCAUUUCAUUAUUAAGACGUGUUUUCUGCUCUUCUACCUUCGACUUUCAAACACUCAGCGUUUUACACAAAGCGUGUACGCAACCAUGGCGCUCAACACCAUAUUCACAAUCACAAUCUGGCUGAUAUACUGCUUUCAAUGCACGCCUCUUGCGGCCUUCUUCAACGCUGCUGCGUACCCAAAUGCGAAGUGUCUAUCCAAGGCUGUUUCUUAUUACUUUGUCGCGUCACUGAGCAUUACCACGGACGUCAUAAUAUUGGUUCUACCGAUUCCUACUCUGUGGAAGCUUCAAGCCAGCGUUCGACGUCGGAUCACCCUCAUCGCUGUCAUCACCUUUGGCGGGUCUGCUGUUCUUGUAUCUUUCCUUCGUCUAAUUGUCCUUCAUGAAUUCGACGUCAACCCCGACUUUACCUAUACUUUGGGGAAAAUGGUGAUCAUUUCGGCGGUUGAGCUUGAUGUUGCUAUUAUGGCGGCAAAUGCCCCGUCUAUGAAGGCUCUGUGGCUGAAGUACAUUAGCAAGAAGCCAUUUCAGAGUACUACCACUGGGGGCAACAGGUCUUCUUCUUAUAGGAAAGAGAGCAGUGGCGACACGAAUAAUGAAUUAUCUACCAUCCCAGCCAAAAGCAAUCGCAUUAAAAAGAGUGGCCACACACGAGUGACCUCCGCUGACUGCGGUACAACCCCAGGGGUCGGGGAGGAGCAAGACCAGCGCUGGCGAAAUGAUUCUAAAGAGGAGCUUUUCCAGGAAAGCAGCGGUGGUAUUACCGUCACGUCCACAGUCGGUGUGCAAAGCAAACGUGACACGAUUACGUCGCCAGAGCUUUUGAAUCGGCAGUAUUUUCAAUUCCAAAAAAGCAGUGCUGUGUAG